CACGCCUAUCAUCCCUAGUGUUGAGCCAGACACCGUUGCAGCUCUCAGCAAGAACUGGGAAAUGACCAGGCUCCUUGGCAACAUUUUGGGACCUGACAAAGGAGACAUGAUGUAUUAUGCGAGCCGGAAGCAUGAAGUGCGACCUGAAAAUCUACAUUCUGAUAGACCCAAAUGGGUGGAGACAGCAUCUUCCAGGAGAACAGAGUCCUGGAGUUGUCUGAAAGCAGAAUCUAAAGCUAUGAGCCAGAAUCAGGCAGACAGUAGAAGAAAGCAUCAAGGAGAGAGUGGCUACUUCUCUCUGGACCGUCGGAAAUCGGAACCAAGCUGGGCUUCCUCCCAUCCCCAGGUUGGCUGCAGCACUUUGCCUGUCCGUAGCGAUGCCACGGGGGCAGGCAGGUGGCCCACCUCUUCCAUCAGCUCUGCAGAUUCGGACCUGAGUUGGCGCACAAGUGGCAGCAGCGAGAGCCGACGUGGUCUGAUGAAGCAUGAGUAUACGGUGUUGGCCGAUGUGCCCAAGCCAAAACGGCUCAACCACCGGCAGGCAUUUGAAAAAGACCGCAGAAACUCCCGCACUUGUAGUCCUGGCCGGGCGGAGGUGGAGCGGAUCUUCGGACAAGAGCGCAGGAAGUCGGAGACCUUGGAGGCAUUCCAAGCCCUGGAGGAGGGGCUGCUUGAGCGGCUGGACAGUAAGACCUUGAAGCUGGCCAAGGAAGGGCGGCUAGUCAGGAGGCAAUCGAGCCCCACGCUACGCAGAGAAGGAAACGAGAGACUCCCGCGGGAACCAGAACAGCAGAGCAGAAGUAGAGGAGAGUCCCUGCGGAUGGGCAGACCAGGUCAGCCUCCCGAGAGAAGUGGCAGGAGCCAAGGCGAGCCCUUGCACACAGGGAGACCCACCCAGCGCCUGGAGAGCCAGAGCAGAGGGUUCCCACUGCACUCCACAGCUUUGCCGCCUCAGCCAGUAGACAGGAGGAAAAGGGAGGAGCACCACUGGAGAGCUGGUGGGGCUCCCCUUCAUGCCAUGAGUCAUGGCAAGCAAACUCAUAGUAGCAGAAAGAGCCAGCUGGAGGCAUCACACAGCUCUGCAAAGAAUGUUGAGACCAAAUGGAAAAGCUGCCUGGAGACCUUGCAAACUGCCAGUCCUGCAAAGAGUUUGGGCAAGAGCCACGCAAGCCACCAGAGGCAACUGGAGAGGUACAAAGAGAGUGACCGGAAGGCGCGAGGCAAACCUUUGCUCCCCGUUGGUACAGCCGAGCAACCAGCCAAAGACCCAAGAGAUGGCCAAGAAGCAGUGCGUGCUCUCAGUCCAGGGAGGGGAUCAGCAACCUGGGGGAAAGGUGCGCAGGCAUGGAGUCCAUUGCAUGUCAGAGAGGACGGCUGGAGAGUCCAAGGAGAGAGCAGGCGUGCUCUCAGUCCAGGGAGAGAAGUGGACAUUGGUUUGAAAAGCCAUGGCCAAACUGGUGGUGUGCUCAGUCUUGGAAGUUGUGCUAGUGCAAGCCAAAGAGGCACUGAGCAUUUCCUCAGUCCAGAGAGAGGUAGGGAAAGGAGCCGGAACAGCUCUGGAGAGAGCAGGUGUUCUUCUGGUCCCAGGAGGCCAAUGGAGGCUAGCCAUGCAUGCUCCAAGCAGACGAGGUGCUCGGCUGUUUCUGAGCAGCACCCAGAGCACAGCUGGAAAAUCCAGAGGGAAGCUUGCUGCAGGAAUCGAGGGACCAGUAAAGGCCACGACUGGCCAGGCCAAGAGGAGCAGGCAAAUCCUUUCAGUCCUCAGCAUGAGCAUGUCUGGACGUGUUCUGGCCAGUCCUCCUUCCACACAAGCCUUCCAGCGGCUGAGCAGAAGAGGUCUGCCCAGGAAGACCACCCUCGCUCUGGCAAGUCAGAAAACAGCCGGCAAAGCUGUGAAGAGCCCUUGUUGCAUGUAAAUCCCAGGCAGCACUUGCGAAGGGAGUGGGUAAGCCAAGGGGAGUACAUGCGAUCUGCCAAGGCAGGGCAGCAGCACUUGGAGAGAAGCUGGAAAAACCAAGGGAGUCCAACAGAAUGGGCAGAAGAUGUGUGGAAGAAUCAGGGAAGGUGUCCAAGCCCAAUGAGGCCAGAGAAGCAAUUGAGGAAUGACUGGAAUGCUGAGGAGAAGCUCCUGCAUCAACUCACUGAAGGACAAGCCUUGAAGAGUACCUCCACCUCAAAAAGCCAAGACCUUUAUCUGGACACAAGUCAGAAACACAAGCCAGAUCUUCUCAAUUUCAAGAAGGGAUGGAUGUCCAUAUUGGACGAACCAGGAGAGUGGACGAAGCAUUGGUUUGUGCUAACAGACUCAAGCCUGAGAUAUUACAGGGACUCCAAUGCAGAGGAGGCAGAUGAUCUGGAUGGGGAGAUUGACCUACGCUCUUGCACUGAUGUGACGGAAUAUGCCGUGCAGCGCAACUAUGGCUUCCAGAUACACACUAAAGAUGGUGUCUUCACGUUAUCCGCAAUGACAUCAGGAAUCCGGCGGAACUGGAUUGAGGCUCUGAGGAAAAGCAUACGACCUGUCAGUGUGCCGGAUGUCACAAAGCUGUCUGACUGCAAUAAGGAAAACUCCUUCCGCAGCUAUGGAUCUCAGAAAAGCCCCUUCAAGUCUGAGGAGCAACGGCCAAGCUCAGGAUCUGAGGUUAUAACCAGGAGCAGCGGCAGGAAAACAGAUGGGCAGCGCCAUGCUUUUGACUAUGUUGAGCUGGCUCCCUUGCAGCAGGGCGCUUUAAAUCAGGGGUCUCCACAGCGGACAAGAGGGAGCGUGAGAGCCACGGAUGGAGCAGCCAAGCGUGAGGAGCUUGAGCGGGACCUGGCCUCCCGCUCGGAGGAACGGCGGAAGUGGUUUGAGUCUCCAGCCAGCGGGGUCCUGCAGACGGACGGUCCAGCAGGAGACCUCGGCAACAAGGCUGGCGGCCACGAAUCUCCAGGGACCCCCCUCUCCGAGGCUCAGAGGAGUCAGCUGAGCGAAGAGAUUGAGAGGAAAUGGCAGGAGCUGGAGCGUCUGCCCCUGAAGGAUUCCAAGCGGGUACCGCUGAUGGCACUGCUGAACCAAGGCAAAGGAGGCCACGAGGAUUCGAGUGAGGCGCUGGAGAAAGAGGUCCAAGUCCUGAGGUCCCAGCUGGAGUCCUUGCGUGCCCACAGCAAAACAAAAUCUCACCAAGAUGGGCAUGUGCCCCACAGAUACAUCUCUCAGGAGGCAUGCGAGCGCAGUUUAGCAGAGAUGGAGACGUCUCACCAACAGGUCAUGGCCGAACUGCGGCGGCAUCACCGGCAGGAGAUGGAACAGUUGCAGAAGGAGAAGGAGCGACUUCUGUUCGAGGAGGCAGCUGCCACUGCUGCAGCAAUUGAAGCACUGAAGAAGGCACACAGGGAGGAACUGAACAAAGAACUGAGCAGGACCCGCAGUUUCCAGAAAGGGGUUUUAGACUCAGAUGCACUUCAUCAGCAACAUCGAUCCGAUGUGGAAUCUCUAAAGCGGGAGCUGCAAGUGCUUUCGGAACAGUAUUCACAGAAGUGCCUGGAGAUUGGGAAUCUCAUGCAGAAGGCAGAAGAACAGGAGCAACUGCUGCAGCGCUGCCAACAGGAGGGAAAGGAGCUGCUGCGGCAAAACCAGGAAUUACAGAGGCGCCUGUCAGAGGAGAUUGGGCAGUUACGGACAUUCAUCACAGCCCAACGCUCACAGGAUGGUGCUUCCCAUAACAGUGAAAGGAACUCUUGUGAGCUCGAGGUGCUGCUCCGAGUGAAGGAGAAUGAACUCCAGUACAUGAAACAAGAGGUGCAGUGCCUUAGAGAUGAACUACAAAUGAUGCAAAAGGACAAGAAGUUUGCCAUGGAGAAAUACCAGGACGUCUACACAGAGUUAAACCACAUCAAGCAGUGGUCGGAGCGGGAGAUUGAGCAGCUGAAGGAGCAUCUGCGCCUGGCCAUGGCAGCCUUGCAAGAGAAGGAAAUGCUGCACAACAGUAUUGGUUAAUUGGCUUUGAGUCCCUCACUUUGGAGGACAAAGAUGGAACCUAGCAAGCAGCAUCCCCCUCCAGGAAAACAGGACCAAACCUCCAUUGGACUGUCCAUCACAUGUACCUGCAUUACUCAGCGUGUAUUGGGCUGGAACCUAGUAUUUGCACCUUCUGGGGAUUUUAUACAUGAAAAUAUAUUUUAUAUGGUUUUGAGGGGUGGGUUACAUUAUGGAAUCCUAUACUAUGUUUUAAGCAGCAGUUGACCAGAGAAGUAAACCAGAUCCUUCUCCCCAGCCUCCUUUUAGUCAUCAUAACUGAUCCCUCUUCCAAAAUCCUUGAGUAUAUCUAAAAUACCAAUGGCCACCUACUUCCAAUUCUUUUCAAGCAGAGACAGAAAGUCACACACAUCCAGCUUUAUGGUGAGUCUCCUUGGAAAUGACAGCAUCGCUUCGUGGUGAUGCACCUUGCUGGGAGAAUGUUUUACUGAUGGCUUUGUCAGAGAAACUGGUGUCGGUCCAAAGACUACACAAGGUUUUUCAUUCAUGUUCGCUUCCUUUUGUUAAGGAUCUGGGACUAGUUGUUCAUUUUCACAACCUUGAAACACAAGCAGAUUUUUUCCCCAUGUUGUUGAAAAUGCCUGUGCAUCCUACCACAGUGACAGCAUCCACAGCAUUCCAGAAGCUCGUCUUCCACUUGUAUGUUCCUGUGAGGGGCGACUUCACUGCUAAUGUCGCCAGAGCCAAAUGAUGACGGUGACUGAUUUCUUCUUUUUCUGCACAGUUAUAAACUAACUUAAUAAAAUCCUGAAACACAAA